AUGACGGAUGUCGACAAACUCAACGUACAAACCAGUAUCAAACGACAGGAAAGGAACGGCCGGUUUCAUGUUCUUUACUUUGAUAGUCUAGCGGUAAAUUCGCAUGUGUGUGUGGAUGUCAAAAUGGAUCGUUCGGACCCUGUUGUGAAAAGCCAAGCAUGUCAUGUGAUGGUAUAUGACUACUAUGAGCCAUCUUACCAAGCUGUUACAACCUACGAGUCAGGGAUUCUAAAAAGCACCACUAUUUGCCAAGUAUGUCCCUUGUGUGAAUGGUGCAAUGAGCUUUCCUUCCCGCAGAUUGGCGUUGGUCGGUAGAGCUCUUCUCAAUUUAAUUGAAAGCUUGGUCAGUGUAAGAAAACUAAAUAAAAUUCCGAAGUUUU